AUGGUGUUGCUUAUUGGCGGGGUGAUGUGCGUGCGUGUCUCGGGAUCAAAGCUGUCGGCGAUGUCACGGUCGGCUAAUACUGCUGUACCACCCGCGGCUGCCGGGGGAGAGGCCGGGGGUCCUCCCCCCCCACCGCCCAACCUCACCAGUAACCGGAGGCUCCAACAAACCCAGGCUCAAGUGGAUGAGGUCGUGGACAUCAUGCGAGUGAACGUAGAUAAGGUCCUCGAGAGAGAUCAGAAGCUUUCGGAGCUGGACGACCGUGCCGAUGCCCUUCAAGCCGGAGCGUCCCAAUUCGAAACCAGCGCCGCCAAGCUUAAGCGCAAAUACUGGUGGAAGAACUUAAAGAUGAUGAUAAUCCUGGGGGUGAUAUGCGCCAUUAUCUUGAUCAUCAUCAUUGUUUACUUCAGCACUUAG